GACGACAUAUUUCGAUCAUUCCGUUCCUCCCGUCGAACACCACCCGAUGGAGGAAGAGAAGGCGGCCGCCUACUACGACGAGCUCAGCCGCAAGGGCGAGGGCGCCGCACGCUUCAAACAGGGCCUCGGCUUCUCCUCCUCCUCCACCACCACCUCCAACUCCGACCGCUUCCCAUCCAAACCCAAGACCUCCUCCUCCUCCCUCUUCUCUACCUUCAUCCGCGCCUCGAGCCCUAAUGCGAAGCCCCCCGACGAGCAGCACAGCAGGCAAGCCCGGCUCGAGGUCAUCCAGAACAAGCUCAAUAAAGAGCGCCGCCACCACGAUUACCGCCGCUCCCUCUCCCCUUCACCCGACCGCGAUCGCCGCCGCCGCCGCAGCAGCAGAGACCGAGACGACCGCCGCUCCCCUUCUUCUUCUCCCGACCGCAAUCGCCGUCGCCGUCGCAGCCGAGACCGGGACGACCGCCGCUCCGGUGAUCGUAGGCGCCGUUCUCCGAGCCGCGAGAGUCGGAGGGAACCGGAUGGCCGUGGAUCUAGCCACCGCGGCCGCGGUUCGCGCGACCGAGAUGAGGAUUCCUCCCACUCCAGAAGUAGAAGACGGAGUUGGAGCCGAUCCCCUAGGAGGGAAUCCCGCGGUGCGGAUCGAGAGCGAAAGGGUGGGCAUGAAAAGGAAAGGGGUGGAGAGAAGCAUAGGAGCGCGAGCGCUAAGAAUGGUGGUGGUGUUGAUUAUUCUCAGUUAAUCGAGGGUUACUCAAACAUGACACCAGCUGAAAGAGUUAAAGCAAAGAUGAAGCUUCAGCUCUCAGAAACUGUUGCAAAGGAUACAGAUAGGGGAAUGGGCAGUGGAUGGGAACGGUUUGAUUUUAACAAGGAGGCACCACUUGAUGAUGAUGAUGAAAUUGAAGCGGCAGACGAUGAUGCCUCACUAGUAAAGAAUAUUGGAAAGAGUUUCAGAUAUUCUGCAGUUGAGGCCAAGCAGGAGGAAGAAAUCAAGGCUGCUCAUGACAACGCCAUGUUUGGAGCAUCUGCUGCAUGUGCUGAUUCCCCAGUUCUUGAAAUGGAAUCUGUUUAUGUUGAUGUCACAGAGGAUGCUAGCGACAAGACUAUCACGGAUUCUCUAGUAAGCGACAAGGUGAUUGCGAUGCAACAAAGUUCUUGGCGAGAUCGAGCUCGCAGGUUCCGAAACGACUCAGAAAGUUGAAAUUCCUCUCGGAUGAAUGGCAGGAGCUCGUAUGGAACCAGCUGGAGACUUGAUAGUUCUUCAGUUAGACUUGCUGAAGUAGGGAACCGAUGGUGUUGAAGGAGACAGGAAGGCAUUGUAGAGUGAGUUUUUAUUGCACCUUUCUGUAUUGCAAUCUUUAGUGGAAUAUUAGCGUUAUUUUUUAUUUGGAUGUCAUGAUGUAUCUAUAGUUUUAGCGAUUCCUUUCUCGCCAAGGAUGACAUACAUGAGGUCAAUUCAGAUGAUAUUUACGGAAUAUUGCGACACAUUUAUAGCUUAAAUGUGACACAUCAUGUUUCAUCUC